AUGGCACCCCACAAACAACAAUCCAACCAGGCUCAACCCUUUCAGCUUCAAACCCAAACCGAAACUUGGUCAUCCCCAAGCAACACUUUCUACGUAGGAUUUUCUCAACUGGGUUCCUCUUCUUCUUACACCUUAACCAUCAACUACGAUGGUGGUGUCUCAAUUUGGACAGCAGGCAACGCCACCACCACAGUUGACUCAAAGGGAUCCUUCCAAUUCCUGUCCUCCGGCAACCUCCGCCUCCUCAACGGCUCCGGUUCCAUUGUGUGGGACUCCAACACUUCCAGCCUUGGUGUCAAAACUGCUUCGCUUGAUGAUUUUGGUAAUUUAGCGUUAAAUAAUGGAACUUUAUCUGUUUGGUCAUCUUUUGAUAACCCCACUGAUACUAUAGUACCUAAUCAGACUCUUAGUGUUGGUCAAGUUUUAAGAUCUGGGUCUUAUUCUUUUAGGUUCCUUAGUUCAGGAAAUCUCACUUUGAGAUGGAAUGAUACUAUAGUGUAUUGGAAUCAAGGGAAUGCUUCUAUUAAUGCUAAUAUGACUUCACCUACUCUGGGGUUGCAACCAACUGGGAUUUUGUCAAUUUUUGAUGCUGCUUUUACAAGUGGGCCGCAUACUGUGGCUUAUAGUAACGAUUAUGGUGAUGUGGGUACAAGGUGGAGGUUUCUGAGGUUAGAUAAAGAUGGGAACUUUAGGAUGUAUAGUACUGAUAUAAGUAGUAAAACUACAAAUAUGGUAUGGUCAGCUUUGACUGAUCAAUGUGAGGUUUUUGGUUAUUGUGGGAAUAUGGGGGUUUGUAGCUAUAAUGAGUCGAGUUUGAGUUCGAUUCCAAUUUGUGGUUGUCCAUCUGAGAAUUUUGAGCCUGUUGAUGUGAAUGAUAGGAGAAAAGGGUGUAAAAGAAAAGUUGAGAUUGAGAGUUGUCCGGGGAAUGCUACCAUGUUGGAGAUAGAUAAUACAAAAUUCUUGACAUAUGAGCCUGAGUUGUCUCAGGUUUUGUACAUGGGAAUAUCAGCUUGUCGGUCGAAUUGUCUUUCUUCUUCAGGUUCAGGUUCAGCUUGUAUUGCUUCUACAUCUUUGUCUGAUGGAACUGGGCAGUGCUACUUAAAACCUCCGGGCUUUAUCAGUGGUUAUCAGAAUCCAGCACUUCCCAGUACUUCGUAUGUGAAAGUUUGUGCGCCAGCACAACCAAACCCUCCACCUGGUGUGCCGAUUGUGGGGAAAAACAAAAGUUGGAGAUUGCACGCCUGGAUUGUUUUUGUUGUUGUUGCUAUUACCCUUUUAGGUUUGGUUGCUGUGGAGGGUGGUCUGUGGUGGUGGUGUUGUAGAAACAGUCCCAAGUUUGGCAGUUUGUCAGCUCAAUAUGCUCUACUGGAGUAUGCAUCUGGAGCUCCAGUGCAGUUCUCAUAUAAAGAACUGCAGCACUCGACAAAAGAGUUUAAAGAGAAGCUUGGAGCAGGAGGGUUUGGAGCUGUUUAUAAAGGGGUUCUUGCUAAUAGAACAGUUGUUGCAGUGAAGCAGCUCGAGGGAAUUGAGCAGGGUGAGAAACAGUUCAGGAUGGAGGUUGCAACUAUUAGUAGCACUCACCAUUUGAAUUUGGUCAGAUUGAUUGGUUUUUGCUCCGAGGGUCGUCAUAGGCUGUUGGUUUAUGAGUUUAUGAAAAAUGGGUCUCUUGAUAAUUUCCUUUUCACUGCAGAAGAGCAGUCGGGGAGAUUGUUGAAUUGGGAGCAGAGGUAUAACAUUGCCCUUGGAACUGCAAGAGGAAUCACUUAUCUUCACGAGGAAUGUCGAGACUGCAUUGUCCACUGUGACAUAAAGCCUGAAAACAUUCUCUUGGAUGAGAACUGCAAUGCCAAGGUGUCUGAUUUUGGUCUUGCAAAGCUGGUAAAUCCCAAGGAUCACAGAUAUAGGACACUGACCAGUGUUAGAGGGACAAGAGGAUAUUUGGCACCAGAAUGGCUUGCAAAUCUUCCAAUUACUUCCAAAUCUGAUAUCUACAGUUACGGGAUGGUUUUGUUGGAGAUAGUGAGUGGCAGAAGGAAUUUUGAAGUCUCAGCAGAAACAAACCGAAAAAAGUUUUCUGUUUGGGCUUAUGAAGAGUUUGAGAAGGGUAAUGUUAAUGCAAUUUUGGACCGAAGGCUUAGAGACCAAGAUGUGGAGAUGGAGCAAGUGACAAGGGCAAUUCAGGUGAGCUUUUGGUGCAUCCAGGAGCAACCAUCUCAGAGGCCGAUGAUGGGAAAAGUGGUGCAGAUGCUGGAGGGAAUAGCUGGGAUUGAGAGACCACCAGCACCGAAGGCAAUAACAGAAGGUUCUAUGAGUGGAACAAGCAUAAUUAGCAGCAAUGUCAGUGCUCUCUCAACUUUUGCAACUUCAGCUCCCGCUCCCUCUUCUUCCUCAUCGUAUCAGAAUAUGGGAGUUUCACCCUUAGCUUCAGGGAGAAAUAUAGAGAGGGCUUCUUCAUCACUGUUAUAUUCAGACCCAAACUGA